GCACGAUUGAACAAAGUUGCAGCAGAUGUGGUGAAGAAAUUGCUGCCUGUUUCUGCAGGCAAUGACCUGGGGAGCUUAUGUUCAUGGGCAGACAGAGUAAAGAUUCGUUAUCGAUGGUCAUCGCCACUUCAUGUAGGAUUUACUUCAGACAAGGGAGGUAAUACCAUUAAUGUCACUUGGUACAACAGGAAAGCAGUACUCCAUCACGUCUGGGACUCCAGCAUAAUUGAAACUGAAGAGAAAACGUUCUGUCCUGCAGAUGUUAAUCAAGUCAUUAAUAAUAUUCAACUGAACAUUACGACUAUAUGGGCAAAGCAAGUUAAGGCAUGGGAGACUUGCCCCCUUAGGCAGAAAACAUGCCCAAAUAUAUAUGCGUCUGAGAGUGUCAAAGCAGCCUGUCAGUGGGCAUAUAAAGGAGUAAGGCAAGGUUCAGUCCUACAAGAUGCCUACUUCCGGUCCCGUUUACCAAUUGUCAGCUUACGGUUAGCUCAAGCUGGAGUUCGAUUGGCAGCAACUCUUAACAAGAUAUUUAAGUGA